UGUGAAAUUAUUAUUAUGAUGUAAUUAUAUGAAAAAUAAUAAAUAAAGAAAUAAGUCAUAAUAGUUGGCUUUUGAUGCAAAAAAAGCGCAUUGGCUUAGAAAUGGUUAGAAAGAAUGAAACAAUUACAACAGAGAAUAUGGUUGUUUGUUAAGAGAAGAAAAAAGAAGAAGAACCAAAGAAGAAAGAAGAAGAAGAACCAGAGAAGAAAGAAGAAGAAGAAACAUAGUCAGAGGAGUCAGGGGCAGGGGAAAGGGCUACCUAAGGCCACGGGCACGGGCACGGGCACGGGCACGGGCACCCAAGCGCCACAUUUCCAUUUUUCUCUCUAUCUUUUCUAAAAAACAAAAAGAAUAAAGAUACAAUUUUUAACAAAACACUCCUUUGAUCUUGUAUAAUUCCCAAUACCCAUUACCCAAAACAUCCUUAAUCUUAUGUUUAUGGAAUUUUUUUUAAUCAGAUUGAAAGUGGGUAUUGGUGAAUAAAGGAGAAUUUUGUAUUUGUUAUUGUUAUCAAUUUUAAUAAUAUAAAUAAUUGAAAUUUAAAUAAUUAAAAAAAAUGAGAAAUAAUAGGGAACAAGGUUGGAGAUGCUCUUCCCAUGGUAAGAAUACAGCUAUAGCUCCUCCAAAGCCCAAUCUUCAUCGCCUCUACCAAGUUUGGAAGGGUAACAAUAAAUUCAUGUGUGGUGGAAGAUUAGUCUUCGGCCACGAUGCUGGAUCAUUGUUCUUAACAACAUUCUUAAUUGGAGGUCCUGCCAUAACAUUCUGCAUAAGAAUGAUUGUGAUGAGCAAAGGACAAAAUCCAUUCUUUUUCUACCCUGUACUAAUUGGAGGGAUUGUCCUCACUCUUUUGGUUUUUUGUUUUCUGUUCCUAACAUCGGGUCGAGAUCCAGGAAUAAUCCCAAGGAACACACAACCACCUGAUUCAGAAGAGACAUUUGAAAGUACCCCAUCAAUGGAAUGGGUGAAUGCUAGAGUCUCUAAUCUAAAAAUACCCCGAAUAAAGGACAUGAAAGUAAACGGUCAAACAAUAAAGGUGAAAUUCUGCGACACAUGUUUGCUAUAUCGUCCACCACGAGCUUCUCAUUGUUCAAUUUGCAACAACUGUGUUCAGAAGUUUGAUCAUCACUGUCCAUGGGUUGGCCAGUGCAUUGGAUUGCGCAAUUAUCCUUACUUCAUAAUGUUCAUAUCAACAUCAACCAUUAUGUGCAUAUAUGUAUUUGUGUUUUCCUGGAUCAGCAUUCUUCGAGAGCGAUCCAACAUUUGGGUUGUCAUGUCUCGUGAUAUCUUAUCGGUUAUCCUCAUAGUGUAUUGCUUUAUCGUCGUCUGGUUUGUUGGUGGACUUACAUUUUUCCAUUUCUAUCUUAUUUGCACUAAUCAGACAACAUAUGAGAAUUUCAGGUAUCGAUAUGAUAAGAAGAAGAACCCUUUUAACAAGGGGAUAUUUGGUAACCUUAAAGAAGUCAUGUGCACUAGGAUCCCACCUUCAAUGAUAAAUUUCCGAGCAUGGGUGACAGAAGAGGAUGAUGCACUUUCAGAAUCCGUUACCACAACAAGCGAGAGAGAGUUUACUGAAUCGUUGAAAGACAUAGAAACGGGAAAUAAAUUUAACAAGGAUGAUGGUAAAGAACUUCCAUUUAUUUUGCAGGAUUUGGAUUACAGUGCUCUACAUGAUAACAUUAAGAAGAAGAAGUUGAAUUCUGGUUCUAUACCUAUAAUAGGUCAAGAACUACAUCCACAGUGGAGUUCUGCUGUUGGAAGUAGUACUAGCUAUAAUUACAGGACAAAAGAAACCUCCAUUAGCUAACAUAUUGCUGAUUUUCAAGGGAAAAAAAAGAGGCUUAGUUCUUCAAAGAGGACAUGUAAUGCCAUGUUAGACAGAUUGAAAAACAACAGCUUUGAUGGCUUGAUGAACUGAAACUAAAGAGGAAUUAAUGCAUUCAAGAUGAAACUCAUGUAAUUAUAUGUAUUUAUAUAUGUAUAUGUAUGUAUAUAUUAUAUGUAGUGCAUUAAAAAAAUAAUAGUUGAAAAAUGAUAAACAAGCACUAUGUGUUCUACUCUUCUAUUAUUGUCUUCAAAUUUUUUAAUCUUAUUUUCUACUUUAAUAUUCAAUAUUGAGAAUGCUCAUUGAAUUGGAAUAAGUUUGGCAGCAGAUCACAAAAUCUUGGUGAUCUUCUCUAUCUAAUGAAUGGGGAUUCCGCUUUGAAAUCGUCCGCCCUGCACCCACCCCCGAGUAUAUGCUUCAGCAGGAAUCACACAAGGGUAGAUCGAUACAAUAGAAAAAGAUGGUAAAAUGCCCAACCCAGCAGACAAAGUACAUUACAUAGUCCGUUUUAGGGAUUGGCGACUUACCCAUUUAGUGACUUUGGCGCUGGACGUUCCGAAAAUAGGUACUAUCAGGUCGAGUGAAUUCAGUAAUAGACGUCUGUUGGUAUUCCAACUUCCCUUCUCCUUUCAGGGCCUAUCCGAAAGAGAUUCUUGGUCGUGAAUAUCUGAAUAGGAUGGUCAAUUUUUUUUUUUUUGGUCAAUUAAAUUUGUGCCAAAGCUGAAAUUAACAGAUUCAUGUAAUAUUUCGCCAACUAAUAAUUUUGUAGUAUUUUUACCAAAUAAGAUUGUAGUAUUCCACUUUGUUAUAUUUGGAUAAGUUUGUUGGUUG